AUGUCUCCUACCCCAGACAACAACUGUCAGAACGACAAUGCCAAUGGCGGCAGGCCAUCAUCUCCAGAAUUAACAGAGACGACGCCUCUUCUCGCCGCUGCUGCCAGCCGAAGCCAUGACGUUCCUAGCUCAGAUCCCAGUUCAGAUCCCAACGCCACCACAUCGGCUCAUCCUCAUCCUCAUCCUCAUCCUCAUCCUCAUCUCGAAGAUGGCGCCGUCUCUUCCCGGCCGCCGCCGCCGCUCACCACCUCGGAAGCCAUCCGGACGCUUCCCAAGCUGCAGAUCCUCCUCCUCUGCUUCGCCCGCACCAUGGAGCCCGUUGCUUUCUUCGCCAUCUUCCCCUUCGUCGCCCAGAUGGUCCAGCGCAACGGCCGCCUGGCCGACGCCGACGUCGGUUUCUACAGCGGCCUCAUCGAGUCACUCUUCUCCGUCGUCCAGAUCUUUGUCCUCAUCGUCUGGGGCCGCGUCGCCGACUCGGUCGGCCGCAAGCCCGUCAUGAUCAUCACCCUGACGGGCAUGAUGGCGUCGACCAUGGCGUACACUAUGGCCACGACGAUCCCGCAGAUGAUUCUGUUCCGUUGUCUGGCAGGCGUCUUCUCCGGGUCGAGACUGGUGAUGCGGACGAUGCUGUUCGAGCACUGCACACCCGAGAACGAGGCCAUCGCGUACAGCUGGUUCGGGUUCGCGAAUAACAUCGGUACCACACUCGGCCCGCUCAUCGGCGGCGUGUUUGCCGAUCCGGUCGCACAGUAUCCGAAAAUCUUCAAGGGCGUCGCCUUCUUUGAAAGGUUUCCCUACGCCCUCGUCGGCCUGGUCCUGACAGCGAUCGGCAUCGUUGGCAUCCUCGUCAGCGCUUUCUUCCUGGAGGAGACUCUCAAACCGACCGAUGAAUCCGUCGCUUCUUCUAAUGGAAGCAAGCCCGCUGCCCCCCAAGCUAUGUCUAUGCGAGAGCUUCUCACAGCCCCCAAGGUCGCCAUCACCAUCUGGGUCUACACGCACUUUAUGCUCCUUGCAUUCGCAGUCUCGGCCCUCACACCAGUUUUUCUAUUUACCCCCGUUGCCAUUGGAGGCACUGGCUUCUCUUCGUCACAAAUCUCCAUCUACAUGGCGGUCCAAGGGGCAAGUCAGGCCGUCUGGCUCAUUUUUGCGUUCCCGUUACUGCAGCGUCGCUUUGGCACCAGGAGCCUACUAAAGCUGUGCGCGACGGCCUACCAGUCCUUCUUCUGCGGCAUCGUGCUCCUCAGUGUAUUCCUCCGCUGCGGCGCCCAGUCUGCCAUGGCCUGGGCGUGGGUUAUCGGAGGUCUUCUCGCCGUCAUCGGACCCGGCGUGUCCAUGGGCUUCACCAGCGCGCAGCUGGCUAUCAACGAUGCGUCACCCAGUCGCCAGGUCAUGGCCACCAUGAACGGCCUCUCCAUGACGAGCGCUAGUAUCGCCAGAUCGUUUGUACCAGCCGUUUCGACGGUCAUCUUUGCCGUGGGAGUCAGGGGCCAGAUCUUAUGGGGCUAUCUUGCGUGGGCUAUUCUCGUUCCCCUGGCGAUUGCCCUGAGGAUAUUCGUCGAUUACAUCCCUGGCAGCAGGAGAAUAUCUCACGAUAAUAAAUGA